AUGCACCCCUUUCAAACCACCAACCUCACCCCUUUCAAAACCGGUUCUUGCACUUUUUUUCAAACCACCAACCGGUUGUCGCACGCCUUUCAAACCAUCAACCGGUUUCUUCGCACCCCUUUCAAAUCACUAACCGGUUCUUGCACCCCUUUCAAACCACCAACCGGUUGUCGCACCCCUUUCAAACCACCAACCGGUUCUCGCACCCCUUUCAAACCUCCAACCGGUUCUUGCACCCCUUUCAAACCACCAACCGGUUCUCGCACCCCUUUCAAAUCACUAACCGGUUCUUGCACCCCUUUCAAACCACCAACCGGUUGUCGCACGCCUUUCAAACCAUCAACCGGUUCUCGCACCCCUUUCAAAUCACUAACCGGUUCUUGCACCCCUUUCAAACCACCAACCGGUUCGCACCCCUUUCAAACCACCAACCGGUUGUCGCACCCCUUUCAAACCACCAACCGGUUGUCGCACCCCUUUCAAACCUCCAACCGGUUCUUGCACCCCUUUCAAACCACCAACCGGUUCUUGCACCCCUUUCAACUUUCAGAAUUGGUCUCAUCUAUUCGGUUAUCUAUCUAUCUAUCUAUCUAUCUAUCUAUCUAUCUAUCUAAAAGUGAACAUUUCAAAUCAGAGGCCACUGAAGCUAUCUAUCUAUCUAUCUAUCUAUCAAGGAUCUCGCUUCCAGUUGCCUCCCGUUGCUUCUUGUUGGUUCCUGAUUUUCCCAUUGCUUCAUGUUGUUUCUCAUUGAUUCCUACUACUUCCCGUCGCUUUUUAUUGCUUCCCAUUGCAUUUUAUUGCUUCAUACUACUUCUUAUUGCUUUAUGCUGCUUUCUGUUGCAUUCCGUGGCUUCUUGCUGCUUUCUGUCGUUACUUCUUUCCAUUUGUCGUUGCUUUUUGCUGUCUCUUGUUGUUUCCCGUUGUUUCUUGCUGUCUCUUGGUGUUUCCCGUUGCUUCUUUCUGUCUCUUGUUGUUUCCCGUUGCUUCUUUCUGUCGCUUGUUGUUUCCCGUUGCUUCUCGCUGUCUCUUGUUGUUUCCCGUUGCGUUAUGUUUCUUGUUCUCUAUUUGUUUUUUGUUGCUUCUUGUUGUCUCCUAUUGUUUCCCGUGCCCCUUGUUGUCUCUUGUUGCUUCUCGUUGCUUCUUGUUGAUUCCCGUUAUCUUGUCAUGUUUAAUGCUUCCCGUUGCUUACUGUUUCUUAUCAUUACGUUUUGUUGCUUCCUGUUGCUUCUUAUUGUUUCCCGUUGCAUUUUGUCGCUUCUUGAUGCUUUCUAUUGCAUCCAUGUUACUUACCGCUUUUUAACGUUACUUCUCAUUACUUUUUAUUUCUUGUUGCUUCUUGGUUACCCGUAUUUUUUUCCUUUUUGCAUCUUCCCAUUGUUUACUGUUAUUUACCAUUACAUCAUAACGCUUUCUGUUGUUUCUUUUUGCUUUUUAUUGUUUCUUAUUGUUUCUCGCUGCAUCGUGUUGCUUCUUAUUGUCUCCUGUUGCGUCUUGUCGUUUCUUGUUGCUUCCCAUUUUGCAUCCUUUUGUUUCUUCUCCCUUUUUAAUGCUUCCUGUUGCGUACUGUUUCUUUGUUACAUCUUAUUUUGUUGUUCUUCCUUAUUUUUGUUGCAUUUUGUUAUUAUCGUGUUACUUCUUGUUCUUGUUACAUCUGUUUGUUACUUUUUCUUGUUUCUUCCCGUUACGUUUUCUUCCUUUUUAAUGCUUCCUGUUGCGUACUGUUUCUUACUGUUACAUCUUAUUGCUUUCUGUUGCUUCUUGUUUCUUAUUGCUUCUUGUUGCAUUUUGUUGCUUUUUACUGUCUCCUGCUGCGUCUUGUUGCUUUUUAAUGUUCCCCAUUUCAUCUUGUCGCUUCUUCUUGUUCUUGUUGCUUUCCAUUCUAUUUUGUUGUUUCCUGCUUUUUAUCGUUACAUCUUCUGUUUGCUUUUACCUCGCUGCGUCUUGUUGCUUUUUUGCAUGUUUUGCCGGGACACUUUUUUUUCUAUGUGUAUGAUAUUUUUUUUAUCAAGUUCUCUAAAUUAA